UGUCUCAUCACGUGAUAAAUGUUUUGUUUCUUCACUGAAAGUGGACGAAACGCGUCCCUUAUUCUCCAGAAGCUAUGAAAUAAGUUUUUUCCCCCCAGUAUAAUAAUAACUUUUUAGACACUUUUUCCUCAAAAUCAAACUGCUGGUUGGCGUUUAAUCCCAGCGUUUUGUUUUGGGGAUGAUUCUAAACUAGCCAACUAACUAGCAUCAGACUAGUAGUAGUGGAGCAGCAUGGCAGCGGUUGACAGCUUCCAGCUUUUGUACAGAGAAAUUUCUCGCUCUUGCGGCGGGUACGUGGAGACCCUGGCCCUGGUUGGGGCCCUGUACUCCGCUAGCCGAGCCGUCGUCCUGCUGAGUGAUUGCUGUUCGCUGGUCAGGGUUCAUUUUCUGCCAAGGAUCAUCCCCAAUAAGCGGCUGGCUCAGAGAUUUGGAGACUGGGCUGUCAUUACUGAUGCAUCUGAGCCUGUAGCCAAAGCAUAUGCAGAAGAGCUGGCCAAGCACGGCAUCAAUGUGGUCUUCAUAGCGCCAGACGCCGCCUCAGUUCGAGAUUCAGCAGCAUCAAUUUCACAAAGUUUUGGAGUAGAAACCACCGUCAUAGUGGCUGACUUUUCUCUGGGCCAAGCGACUGUAAUCAAGCCCAUCCAGGACUCACUGAGGGAUAAAGAUGUCGGCUUCUUGGUGAACUGUGUCGAUGAGUCGCUGGCUUCUCCUCUGAGUCUGAUGGAAAUGUCGGAUCAGUUCUUGCUGGCUCAGGUCAAUAGGAACGUCGGUGCUGCGACUCUGAUGACCCGUUUGGUUCUGCCGGGGAUGUUGCAGCGCAGCAGAGGAGCCCUGGUCAACAUAUCGUCGGGCGCCAGCUGCAGACCGUGGCGCCGACCCGCCACGCUCAGCGCAGUCAGCGGAUACUUGGACAGUUUCUCUAGAGCGCUUCACUUGGAGUACGGUACCAGAGGGGUCUUCAUUCAAAGCCUGAUCCCUUUACAGAUUGCUUCAAGCGCUCAUAGAGAGAGUUGGUUUGCGCCGAGGCCUGAGGUCUACGCUCGCCACGCCGUCUCCACUCUGGGCAUCUCAAACAGAACCACCGGCUACUGGCCGCACACGCUUCAGUAUGGGCUGAUGAAGUGCGUCCCGGAGUGGCUGUGGAUUCUUGGAUAUCGAACGCUCAUCUAAGCCGAGAACUAAAAAAAAAAAAAAAA